UUUGCAUUUUUAUGGUAACAGCUUCAGCUCAAUAGCUCUAAUUAUUUUACAAGCUGUGCUUAGAAAGAAGAGGAAAUGAGAGUAAUAUCUUGGUUUCUAAAUUGUGCUCUUUAAAAACGGAACUGGAUGUUCUUUUCCCUUAAUCUGGCUCUCCUACAUUGCCUCCAAACAUUUUUCUCAGAUAAAAUGCACAAGUAUGUUUUUAAUUCCAUUACCUAAACAAGCUUUGUAUUUUUGUUUGUAGAAAUGGAUCUUUUUGACCAGUGCUGGACUGCUAUGUGAAAUAUGCAGUUCACUAAUCAUCUCUUUUUUUAUUUGACUGGCACAAUCUAGAUUCUAUACGUUUUGGCACAAAUAGAAAUAAGAAAUAAAACAAUGAAGAUGGAGAAGAAUAAAAAGAGAAAAAAAGAGGGACAUCAAGUAUAUUGAAAGCAAGGGUGUGGCUGAUGUGUGAAUUAAGCAAAUAACAUCCCAGCAUGCUAAGGGUCAUAAAUACAAAAUGCUGGACAGGCUAGGUUGCCUAUAAGUAUUGCUGGCAUAGCUGCAAGAGGAAAUCACAGUGACUUUGACAAGGGGGUGUUUGGCAGCUUGGUGAUGUUUCACACGCAACGCUAUCUGAGGUCAACAUUAAACUCGGAAGGAAGGAAAUCAUCAUCAUCCUCAUCACCUUCGGAGAACAGUGGGUGGAAGCACGUACAUAAGGACCAUCACAUUUGUGCAUUAACUUGAAGUCAAAGGCAAAACAGGGAAGUGACUGCAGAUCAAAUAACUGCAUAUUUCAUCUUGGAGCACAAGCACCCCAUAUGAUCAAAAAUUGUCCAUUGAGAACUUUUCAGAGCAGAGUUGUCACAGGUGGGUCUGAUGGAAUUGGAAGAGCCUACGCAACAGAGCUAGCAAAACAUGGAAUGAAUAUUGUUAUCAUCAGCAGAACUGAAGAUAAAUUGAAGAAAGUUGCCAAGGAAAUAGAGGAGACAACAGGACAAAGAGUGAAAGUAAUUGUGGCAGACUUUACGAAAGAGGACAUCUAUGAACACAUAGCAGAAAGUAUUAAAGAGUUAAAUGUCGGUGUUUUGGUGAACAAUGUGGGGAUACUAAGCAGCAAAAUACCUUGCCGGUUUCUUGACACUGAUGACACGGAUAGGGUUAUAUCAAAUCUCAUUAACUGCAACGUGAAGUCUUUAGUUAAGAUGUCCAAGAUAGUCUUGCCAGGAAUGGAAAAGAGGCAAAAGGGACUAAUUCUAAACUUGUCAUCGGGUCUGGCAAAAUUUCCCUGUCCACUGUACACCAUAUAUUCAGCAUCAAAGGUGUUUGUUGAAAGAUUCUCAAGAGGGCUUCAAGCCGAAUAUAAAUCAAAAGGAAUUAUCAUUCAGUCUGUCACUCCCUAUGGGGUCUCUACUCCAAUGACUCAACACCAGAGGCCUAACAUAAUAACCAAGACUGCGGAGGACUUUGUGAGGACAUCUUUGAAUUACAUCUUGGCUGGAGACCAAACCUACGGGUGUAUUCCUCAUCAGAUAUUGAUGUUUCAGGGAUGGAUAAUGCAGACAAUUCCAUUACAGGUACUACACAGCAGUGUAGUGCAGGAGAAGUUCUUGGCAUUUGUGAGACAAAGGGUUAGUGAAAACACAUCAUACCACGGUUAAAAGAGUCUUCAGAGGACCUCAGAAAAAGAAUAGUUGAUGCUUAUCAGUCUGGAAAACCAAAUGCAAAUGUCACCAUUUCUGAACAUUGGGGGCUACAUUCAUCUUGUCAAACAGAUCUACACAUGGUAAAUAUUGAAGACCACAAUGAUCUCAACAAGGACUGGUGGUUCUGCUAAGAUCUCCCCAGAAGUAAACUUGAAACUCAUCCAGGAAGUCACAAAAAACCUCAGAGUAACACCUAGAGAUCUGUAAGUCCCACUUGCUGCAGUUAAUGUCAGUGUGUGCCCCAACCAUUGGGAAAAGACUGAAUGGGAAUAGUUUUUCAUGUGAGGACUGCCAGUAAAAAAACAACAACAUUGCUCUCUAAAUAGAACAUUCAACAUUCUGGGAAGAGCAGCUGGAUAAUCAACAAGACGAUGGAAAGAACAAUCUAUGGAUGGACAAAACUGAACGUUUUGACUCUGAUGGGAGAAACGUUUGUGUGGAGAAGACCAAACACCGCAUUCCAACAAAAGAACCUCAUCGCAGAUGUCAAGUAUGACGAUGGGAGAAGUAUGGUGGUUUGUGGCUGCUUUGCUGCUUCAGGACCCAGAUGGCCUGUACACCAUUGAUGGAAUCAUGCAUUCGGCACUGUAUCGGCAAAAUCUGGAGGAGAAUGUCAGACCGUUUCUUUUCUGUUGUGUCUCGCAUAAAUACAGUAACAGUUUUAAAAUGGAUGUUUUUUUCACUACCGUGUCACGUUUUCAGUUUGCAUAAAUGACAAAGUAUCAUUUACCAAAUUCUCUGCUUUAAAAAAAUUUAUAAGCUCCUGUGGAAAGAAUGGAAAUAUUUUCAUUUUCAUUAAAUAAGAUGAUUAUGACAACACGUCAGUAGUUAUGGUUU